AUGACAAAAUUAAUUACUUUGAUAUUUUGUCUCAUUGUUAAUGCGUAUGAGGCUAAGGGAAUAUCCUUAAUGCAAGGUCAAGAAGCCAACUUGAUUUUCCCAUAUCCAUGUAAUAGUACAGAAGUUACGUUACAACAAUCAAACAGACGGCCAUUUUACAGAUCAACAGAAGGGCCAUCUCUGUCUUUGCCUGCAAAUCAGGCUCAGCGAUUUCAGGUUAAGAAUCUGAUUGUCAAUGGGAGCUGCUCUCUAGAUCUUACCAUAAAUGAGCUCAUGAGAGACGAUCAAGGAACAUAUGUUUUGUUUGUCUACAAGGAUGGGGACAUACUAGGUGAUGGUAUACAAAGAAUUUUCCUAGAGGUAAACUGCCCUCCUAAAAAGGCAUGUUGUGUUGUGGACGAAUAUUAUAGUAGAGGAUGGGUAACAAUAGACUGUACAGCCGAUGCUGAAAGUCUUCCAGGAAAGAUUGAAUGCUAUCAAAAUGGUUUAUCAAUGCCUCAUUUAACAGACCCUGCUGUGAGAGGCUCUUUAUUGAAACAGAAUAUUAUCAUCAGGGAAUCACAGCCGGCAUUUUGUUGCUAUUUUGCUUUGAAUGCAAAUAAAUCAAGCUGUGAAUGUGAUGAUACUGUCUUGUUUCAAAAUGAAUAUCAUGGACAAGAUUCCUGUCCGAACAUACCAAUUACAACACAAAUAUCAACAGAUCAUACAAACAUGAAUCUCAAGAAUAGCAAGGUUGUAUCAGAACAUCCAUCUACAUAA